AUGGCCGCCGAUGUGGGAUCGAUGUUUCAAUAUUGGAAGCAAUUGGAUCUGCGCCGGCUGCAGAAGGAGCUUAAUUCUGUUGCUUCCGAACUCGCUGCUCGGCAGGAAGAGAGUGAACAUUCUCAUAAACAUUUAAUUGAACUCAGCCGGGAAUUUAAGAAAAAUGUACCUGAGGAAAUCAGAGAGAUGGUGGCUCCUGUCUUAAAGAGCUUCCAAGCAGAGGUGAUUGCACUUAGUAAAAGAAGCAAGGAGGCUGAGACGGCUUUCCUCAGUGUUUACAAGCAAUUAAUUGGAGCACCAGACCCCGUUCCUGUCCUGGAGGUGGCGCAGAGCUCAGAAGAGAGGCUGCAGCAGGUCCAGUGCCUCGACCCUGAGAACCCACCCCUGAAGGAGCUCAACAGGCAACGGAAGAAGCAUCCAGAGCUCCUUGGCACCAAAGAGCAAAGAGGGGGAACGUCUCCAGCUGGGCUCACGGUGUCGGAGGGAGCCAGGCUCACCAGCGUCAACAGCAAAGCACUUUUCACAGACACCUUGCUGCAGAGAAAUGAAGCCGAAAAACAGAAGGGACUACAGGAAGCACAGAUCACUUUGGCGGCUAGGCUGGGGGAAGCAGAAGAAAAGAUCAAAGUGCUACAUGCAGCGCUAAAGGCGACCCAGACGGAGCUGCUCGACCUGCGGUGUAAAUAUGAUGAAGAGGCGGCUUCAAAGGCAGAUGAAGUAGCAAUGAUCAUGACAAACCUUGAAAAAGCCAAUCAGCGAGCGGAGGCAGCCCAGAGGGAGGUGGAGAGUCUGCGGGAGCAGCUCGCAUCUGUAAAUAGUUCCAUUCACCUGGCCUGUUGCUCUCCACAAGGACCCAGCGGGGAUAAAGUGAACUAUUCGCUGUGCUCAGGGCCCAGGCUCGAGGCUGCGCUGGCGGCAAAGGACCGGGAGAUUCUCCGACUCCUCAAGGACAUUCAGCACCUCCAGAACUCUCUGCAAGAGCUGGAAGAGUCCUCCGCCAACCAGAUCGCAGACCUGGAGCGGCAGCUCACGGCCAAGAACGAAGCGAUCGAGAAGCUGGAAGAAAAAUUGCAGGCCCAGUCUGACUACGAGGAGAUUAAAACGGAGCUGAGCAUCCUGAAGGCCAUGAAGCUGGCGUCUGCUAACUGCAGCCUUCCCCAGAGCAUAUCGAAAUCGGACGAGGCGCUGCUUCUAGACAAAGACUCUUUCUAUCCAUCCCAGAAAUACCUUUUGGAAAAGCCAAAGCUCUUAGCCAACACUGAGGAGGAUCAUUCUGAGGACGAGUUGGUGAAGGAUUCCAUGGGCACGGACCAGUCCUACCCCUCUCCCCAGCAGCUCUCUCAGCCCCCCGGGGAAGACCCUGCCUCCCAUAGCCCCCUCCAGCCUCUGCUGGCCUCCACCAUGGCCCAGGAAGCCCAGAGGACUUUCUCGUUGUCCCCUUUCCCCAGCAUGGCUGCGGGCGAGCGGCUGCCGACGGACGCCUUGCUCCCCAAGCAAAUGGUGCCGCCAGCAUACAAGAGCGAGAACGGCAGUGUGCUGGCCUUCCCCUCCCCCUUCUACACGGCCAAAGGCCCCCCGCUGCCCACCAACCCCAGCCACACUGCCCCCGCCAGCGACUCAAGCCCACCCAGCGACCAGUCGGAAGGCAACAGCGCCAGUUCGGCCGACGAGGAGCAGCUGGACACGGCCGAGAUCGCCUUCCAAGUCAAGGAGCAGCUGCUGAAACACAACAUCGGGCAGCGCGUCUUUGGCCAUUAUGUCCUGGGGCUCUCGCAGGGCUCCGUCAGCGAGAUCCUGGCCAGGCCCAAGCCCUGGCGCAAGCUGACGGUGAAGGGGAAGGAGCCGUUCAUCAAGAUGAAGCAGUUCCUCUCCGAUGAGCAGAACGUGCUGGCGCUGAGGACCAUUCAGGUGCGCCAGCGAGGUAGCAUUACGCCGAGGAUUAGAACUCCAGAAACCGGCUCUGACGAUGCCAUCAAAAGUAUCCUGGAACAAGCGAAGAAGGAGAUUGAGUCUCAGAAGGGAGGUGAAACCAAGAGCUCGGCUGCUCCCCAGGUGGUCACUAACGGCAACAGCAACUCGGAAGAGGCCAUUAAAAGCAUCCUGGAGCAGGCCCGGCGGGAGAUGCAGGCCCAGCAGCAGGCCCUGCUGGAGAUCGAGUCCGGCAGCAGGCCCGUGGCCACACCGCCCACGGAGCGCUCCACCUUGGCCGCCGUCAGCCAGAACAUUGUCCAGGCCUACAUCAAGCAGGAGGAGGGGACGCUGGGCACCAGCUCCAGCUCCACACAGACCCCCCUGACGGUGCUCUCCCCCGCCGCCUUCGUGCAGAGCAUCAUCCGCAAGGUCAAGUCGGAGAUAGGCGACGCCGGCUCCUACUUCGACCAGCACUGGGCGUCGGAGAGGAGCCUGCUCAGCCGGCCCUACACCUCGGUGUCGCCCUCCCUCUCCUCCUCCUCCAGCUACUCCAGCCUGGCCAACGGACGGGCCUGGCCGCGGGGGGAGCCCAGCGAGGAGGAGCUGGCUGCGGGCGAGGACGAGCCCCACAAGGCUGUGGAGAUGAAGUCUGAAGGGGCCAGCACGGAGCCGCAGAGCGCCGGCCGCCUCUCCUAUUACCCGGCAUACGUCCCGCGCACCCUCAAGCCGACCGUCCCGCCGCUGACCCCGGAGCAGUACGAGAUGUAUAUGUACAGGGAGGUGGACACCCUGGAGCUGACCAGGCAGGUGAAGGAGAAACUGGCCAAGAAUGGAAUCUGCCAGAGGAUCUUCGGGGAAAAGGUGCUGGGCUUGUCUCAAGGAAGCGUGAGUGACAUGCUGUCCAGGCCCAAACCAUGGAGCAAGCUGACCCAGAAAGGCCGGGAGCCAUUUAUCAGGAUGCAGUUGUGGCUCACCGAUCAGCUUGGCCAAGGGAUCAGCCAGCAACCAAACCCGCCGCAGGCCAGCCCUGGGGAGACCCAGUCUUCCCCCUCCCCACCGCCCAGCCCUUUGGAGCAAGACAAAAGCCCCCCAGAGCCACUCACUCUAACUCUGGAGAGCAGCAAAGAAAAUCAGCAACCGGAGAGCAGGUCGGCCUCGUCACUGAGUGGGAAGAUGUGUCCCAACAGCCAAGCACCCGUGGGCAUCCAGGAAAUCGUCGCCAUGUCGCCCGAACUAGACACAUACUCCAUCACCAAGAAGGUCAAAGAGGUGUUAACGGACAACAAUCUAGGCCAGCGGCUGUUCGGGGAGAGCAUCCUGGGCCUGACGCAGGGCUCGGUUUCCGACCUCCUCUCCAGACCCAAGCCGUGGCACAAGCUGAGCCUGAAGGGCAGGGAGCCCUUCGUCCGCAUGCAGCUCUGGCUCAACGACCCUCACAACGUCGACAAGCUCCGCGACAUGAAGAAACUGGAGAAGAAAGCUUAUCUGAAGCGUCGCUAUGGGCUGAUCAGUGCCAGCUCCGACAGCGAGUCUCCCAACACCCACUCUGAGUGCACCAGCCCCAGCCUCCAGCCCCAGGACCUCAGCCUUCUCCAGGUCAAAAAGCCCCGGGUGGUCCUAGCUCCAGAAGAGAAGGAGGCCCUGAAGAAGGCCUACCAGCUGGAGCCAUACCCGUCCCAACAGACCAUCGAGCUGCUCUCCUUCCAGCUGAACCUCAAGACCAACACAGUCAUCAACUGGUUCCAUAACUACAGGUCCCGGAUGCGCCGGGAAAUGCUGGUGGAAGGGGCCCAAGACAAUGACACAGACCUGGAGCCGAGCAGCUGUGGGAGCAGCAAUUCACACAGAGUCCCCAACCCGCUGAGCCCAGAUUCGGAGGGGGAGGACAGGAAGCCCGUCUUCAGAGACACGAAGCACAGAGGGCCGAGCGAGACCCUGAUCAGGGUCAAGCAGGAGCAGAUGGAGGCGGGGGAGAAGGGCGACUGUUACAAUCACCGGGACUCUUGCAGCCUGGAGGGGGAGACGGAGCACAUGGUGGCCUCCAUCCAGCAUCCCCGACUUCUCAAAGAAGAGCAGGUAGAUGCCGCCUGUGCGGAGGCCGCUCAGGACGCUCCCCAAAGCACUGCCAGUCUCACCAGGAGCAGCGCUUUGUACACCACCGCGCACGCCGCUGGCACUCCCGACUGCUCUGCCCUUCAUCCACCCCAGGAAUUGGAAGGUGGAGAGCGGCUGCACCCUGACCCCAUUAGCUUUAAAUCCACCUCGGAGUCCUCCCGCUGCAGCCUAGAGGUCUCUCUGAACUCGCCCUCAGCUGCCUCCUCUCCGGGCCUCAUGAUGUCCGUCUCGCCAGUCCCGUCCUCCUCUGCUCCCAUCUCUCCGUCACUGCCAAACACCACCUCCGCCAAGGUGCAGAGUUCAAGUCCUGCCGCAGAUACGGGCUCUUUACAGCAGAGUGUCAAGCUGAACACGAACAUCCAGCGGAGACACGAGAAAAUGGCCAACCUCAACAACAUCAUCCACAGGCUAGAAAAGGCAGCUAAUCGGGAGGAAUCCCUGGAGUGGGAAUUCUGA